AUGAUGUUACCUUGCUCUGAUGAAGUUCGUCAUAUGACGGACGAGAGCAUAGCACCUUUUCACCGGAAUCCAAAGGGAUUACCUCGGAAACAGCGUCAGCAUGAAUGUUCCAGUAAGGCCAAUCGGAAGCUGAUCGAGAGAAAUCCGCCUUCGUCUUCUAGUGAAAUCGACCUCGAAUCUCUUCACCAAACACUUUUACUUGGAAUGGAAUUUGAUAAAGACUGGUUCGAGGACCACGAAGAGGGCAUGCUUUGGAUUCGUGGCAAGCAUGGUGCCAGAAUGGCUCAAGAGCUCGAAAAUUUGGAUGAAAAAGCUGCUUCUUUUAAAACAGAUUCUAGGCCAUUACGUAGUCGAACCGAGGGAGAGUCAGUUAAAACGACUGAUUAUAUUUCUUUAGAUCAAAUUCAUGCUAGCCCUAAAUUGAGCCCAAUGCCUUGUCGUUUAGAAGCUGGCUUUUCUGGUGUAGGUAGGUGGAAUUCUUAUGAUUUUUUAGCUAUUUGCCAUGACAUAUUUACAUUGUGA